AUGAUAACUCCAUGCUUCGCCGUAAUACCGACAUCCAGGCUAGAGGCUGAGCAACAGCUGCCUUACCUUCUAGAACCGAGCCAUGUCGACGUACUUUACGAGUCAAAAGUUGAUGGGACUGAGGCUAGAACGCAAUAUCAGAUUUGCGGCUUCUGCGGGGCUGCGAUCAUGGACAAGUGUGUAAUAUUUGAAAACCAAUGGGUAUGCGGCUUCUGCAACAAGUACAAUACUUUACUCGAGAAACCGCGCUCGAGCUCAUAUAUCUCUGAGGUGCCAGAGAGCACUGAAGGCCAGCACAUGGGCGAAGGAAAUGCACAAGUUCUGCUGGUAGAUUUGGACACGGAUGGAGCCGAAGAGUUGGGGAAUCUCAUAAACUCAAUUUUGUCAUGUCUCGAAAAUUGUCCCAACGCGCGGUUUGGGCUGGUGACUUUGUGCGACGGGCAGGCAACGGUGUACACACCUUCUGGCAGCCAGACGCUCUCCAGCGAUGAUCCCACAACCCUUUCGAAAGCCAAAAACCUGGAUAUAGAGUUUUUCAGAGGGAAAAUUCAGGGCUCCUCCCCUCUCUGGCUUGACCAGAACCAAACACUAAACCUCAUCAAAACGCUCAGCUUCAAGCCCUCCCCAAUGCACAAUCAACGUCCAAAAAGAGCCACCGGUUUAGGGCUCAUCUUAGCGAGUCUUUAUCACAGCGGGUCUGACUUUCCGACUGUCGUGACAGCUUUUAUAAGCGGUCCCUGUACGUCUGGCCCAGGGAAAGUUGUUCCAAAGAGUAAGAAACACCACAUUCGUCAGCAUUAUGACCUAGAAUCAAACCGUGAUAAAUACUUUUACCCUGCGAGGAGCUUCUACCAGUCGUUAAUAAGAACGUUGUCCGUUAAUUGCUUCAUAGCCUGUUUGGACCAGGUUGGGAUUGUUGAAAUGGCCCCACUACUUGUGUCUGUAUCUCAAUUCGACACCUUCAACGACGAAUCUUUUCGCGUUCUCUCUAGGAACUGCAUACACAAUGUUUCAGUCGACCAUCAAAUUACUGUUUUUGCGUCGAAAGGCUUACUAGUUGACGGUUGUCUCGGUCCGGUAUCCAGACUUGACGCUACCCAGCCUGUUUAUAGCGACACACCUUCUGGGGUAUCGGGCACUAACCGCUGGAGAUGUCGAGCUUCAGGAUUGUCGCUUUCCUUGGCAUUUUCAUUUCAAAUAGACACUACUGCAACAAAAGAAGAGUCCCAUGACAAGACACCGGCUCACUUAGCAAUCCAGAUACACGAUUUAUUUCAAGAUCAAGGAAAGCGUUACGUCAAAGUGGACACAAUUGUGAUAUGCACUACCAACAAUAGCGCUACAUCCGCCACUCGUUCAGUUCCAAAAAGCUUCGACCAUAUCGCAGCAUUAGGAUGUCUCAUGAAGCAAAUCGCCUAUGAUCAGUUUUUUAAAAAUCAUACUAACGCUUUUAGUCUACAGCAGUGGCGAAUUAAAAUUGACAAGCUUGCUGCCCGGCACUCCAAGGUUCAAUCGAAACAUUUCUCGGAGUUCCUGGAAAUGAUUUACCGCCUUAAAUGGACAGUCCUGUUGCAAAAGCGCAACACUUCGCCUGAUGAAGCCGCUGUUUUUCAGCACACGAUUUUAUCUCAAGACUCCAAUAUAUGCGGAUUGCUAUGCAAGCCCAAAGUUAUCAUUUUCACCAAUGAAAGUCAGUUUGAGCCUUCCAACUUAAAUGAGCAGCUAUUGACAGCGCGAGAAGCGAUGUGCGUGGAUUUUGGUACCUCAAUUAUGGUGAGAUACCUCGAAGACGAUUCUUUGAUUGUGAAAGCUGAGCAAUUUGCGCAAUCGCUAGCUCAAAACAACCCUUUAGCACCAAAAGUACAAAAGACUAGGAUAAAAGGAUCUCAGGAUCGUUACUUCAUUUCCAAACUGCUUCCUCAAGGAGGGCUGAAUACCGAAGACAUGUCUCUAGAACAGUUCUCUGCAAAUAUCAGAAGGAUGUCUCAAUGUAUGUAG